AUGGCAACAGAGAUAAAGAACUUGGAACCUGUUCUUCAGCAGCUGGAAACCAAGUGUAUAUCUGCUAAGGAGAAGAUGGAGAUGCUAAGGAGCCCAGUUGCUGGCCCAUUCAAAGGAAAAGACAUCACAGCAUUAGCAGGGAAACUCAAACACGUGGCCCUGAACACGCCACUGCGGUUUAGUACGGAGGCCAUGAGACCCCAGUCAAAGAACAACUCUCGCUUUGGCAACCUCAGCCACCAUUCCUUCUUCUCGCGGCACAACCCCCAUCCUCACCGAGUGACCCACAUCCAAGGCUUAAAUGGCGUCCCCAUCUGUAUGGUUAAUGACGGGUGGUCUGUGCUGACCCCUCUGUCACCUCAUCCAAUGAUAAAAGGCCAGCUUUCUACUACCAUAUUGGGGGUACCAGGGGCUCAGAUGCCAAUUGGAGAUCCACAUAGUAAUCUGGUCCCCAGGUUAACUGUAGGCUCGUUGUCAGAUGCAUGGAGAGAAGAACUGAGGGAACUCGCUGCCAGAGUUAGUGCUUCCUCCUCCACUGAAAUGGAGCACAAGGAAGUGGCGGAAGAGCCCCGGAGAGCAACACAGUACUCAGCAGAAACUGGGCGCCUCAUCCCACCUUCUUCUCGGGCAACAGCCCGCCAUACACCCCAACAGUUGUGCCGGAAUAAUGCGAAGAACAAAGGCAAAGAUGCUGCCCUGUCUUUCCAGGACCAAGAGCUGGUAAUUUUGGAGCUGCUGUGUCAGAUCCUGCAGACAGACUCCUUGUCGGCUAUUCAGCAAUGGCUGCUCACAGCUGGUCAGAGGGGUGAGGAGAACCUGGAACCUCAACUUGGUGCCUGGGCAAGAGGAAUAGACACCCACUUCUAUUCGCAGAAAAAGGAUCUUGUUAUGAGGAUGUUGCAGACUGCAACUGCCAACCUACAACCGGAGCCCCAAUCCUUGAGCACAAGCAUGGAGCAGAGGCUUCAGUCCCAGAUGUCCCAGACUGCAGUGGGCCUGUCCUCCAGAGGGCAACACUUGGGAAGGAAUCAUCCAGCCAGAUUGUCUCAGAGUCAGAAGCAAGAACCCAUUCCAGCGGAAGAUAAGCCAGUGCAUAUGGGUACUGCAGAAGUUCUCCAGUUCCAUUUAUCCCAGGAUGGAAAGCAGAACCAGCCAGAUCCACCCAAUUAA